AUGGCGAUCAGUGUAAAUAUGAAGCAUAGUCGGGAGGAGUUAAACGAUCAUGGGGGUCAGAUAGUGCUACAAUCUUUUUGGGGAUAUCUUAGCCUUUUCUUUGACAAUUUAGGGACAAAGUUUAUGACUGACAUGUGCACAAUAGUAAAUGGAAACGAAUUUGAUCUUACUGAAUUGGAAAUGAUGAAAGUAGAAAAGCAAACAAACUGGCGCCAGUGGUUUAUUGUUUGUUCAGCUGUAAUUGCUGUUUACCUAAUUCACGGUGAACACGCAAAAUCUGUCUGCAACAUCAGUACUACUCUGCCUGCUGCGUUUUUCACAUACAAGCAACUUUCUGAUCAACGAACUCGCAUCUUCGCUUACAAAGCUACAUUAUUUUACUGGUCGAUUCAUGGGAUUCUGAUUGCUUUUGAUAACGUCUUCACUGAUACUUUCGGCUAUUUCUUUGGGAAGUUUGUACUACUCCUUGUCCUGUUCUUCAACAUUAUUUAUCAAUAUGAUAUGGGUAGAAAUGUUGCCGAACAGCAUAAACACAAUACUGCAACUAACAAUUCGAAAAUAUCUACUCGAACUGGUUUCUUAGUCUCGUCAUUUGAAUCUGAUAUGAGCCUUGACACUACUAUGGUGGUUACUGAUAAUUCACAACUUAUGAUCCGAGUAAAUACAUUUAAUCAACACAUUUUAAAUAUAUUACAAGACAUGUUAUUCAAAAAUGACAAUUUUAGUCCUCUUUCACUGAAUUCGACUAAAAGUACACUAAUGACGGCUUGCUCAUCACUAGCACAUAGUACGGCAAUAGCCGCUGUUUCGAAUACCUCAUUGGCUCACGACGCAUCAUUGAAAUCAGUCUGUUCAGUUAAAGGACAGCGUUUCAAUGAAAUGGAUAUUAAAACUGCGGAAGCUCAACUAAGUGCUAUGACGGGCAUAACAGUAUCAGAAGGAGUUAAUCAGGAAAUGAUUAAGGAUGUUACCGAAGUUGCCCAUUCUGAUGAAUGUCAACUACUUGAUUGUGAAGCAAAAUUUUCUGCUCUUGACCCCAAUGCUUCCUAUGUACCAGAUAAAGCAACUGAGGAGAAGGAAAUGUUGGUCACCGAUCCAGUUGAUUGCAUUGUAUUCAAGCUACCUUAUAACGAUUCGGUUACCAUUUGUGUAACCAACAAAUAUUCCUGUCCAAUAAUGUGGGCUCUUAAAACUAAUGCAAUUUUGCGUAUGAUUGCUCAGCCAACAUGUGGUACAUUGGAACAAAAUGCUACAGUACAUAUUAAAAUUGGAAUGACGUCAGUUCCCCCUCAAGAUUCUGGUAAAAAAGAUCGAGUAGCCAUUGAUUAUUGCCUGAUCGAUAAUCAUACAGAUGGGACUGAUCGUUCAUUUCUGUACAAAUUACAAGGCCCACUGCGCAAACGCAAGAAGUUUGAAGUAUAUUAUGAAGUCUAAAA